AUGAUUUUAACUGCAGUUUUGAGUUUUACACCUUUGAAGGCUGUACAAAAUUUAGAUGAUGAUGUAACGGAAUACGUAAGUGUCAUAGCAUUUUUAUACUUUCCAACAUUUCAAAGUUAUUUCAUUUUUAUGCACUGGCUCAAUUUCCCGAACGGAAAAGAGUUAGAUAAACCAGAAUGCUUUGGUUUACAAGGUGGCUGGCAUAUUUUAUCACGAAUUAGUAGUAAAAACCUGUCAUCAAAUCUUAGAGCAUGUGAUAUUGAUUGUAAUAUUGAAUCUGAUCCGUUAUUUGAAGAAGGUAUAAAAAAAGCAGACCUAGUGAUUAUCUAUUUCCACGGUCAAAUAGGGAAUAGAGGAAAAGAAAAUAGAGUCAACACUUAUAAAAUUACAAUUUAUAUGUUUAUUAUAAUUGAAUUUAUUCAAGGUUCUGGGGUUGCGAUACGUUUGGCUCGACAACUUCACGAAGAAGGAAUUAGACCAUUAUCACUUAUUCUUGAAUCGCCUUUUACAUCAAUUCCUGAUUUGGUAACUUCUUUUAGAAGAAUACCUUUUAUGAAACCAUUUGUUAGUUUUCCAGAAUUUAUAGAAUAUUUUAAGAAUAGUGUUGUCCAUAAAUUUGAUAAUUUAGAACAUGUAAAA